ACCAGGAAGUGCUGAGUGUGAACAUGGCUUCCAGACAGCAGCUCCUGAGACUGACCGAGGAGACAGUUUGUCCCAUUUGUCUGGAUUUCUUCACCGAUCCGGUUACACUGGAUUGUGGACACAACUUCUGCCGCUCCUGUAUCACCCAGAGUUGGGAAAAGAAGGAGAUAAACUCCUGCCCGGAAUGUAGAGAGGUGUUUCCGGAAAGAAACCUCAGGGUAAAUCGGGCCUUAGCGAAUCUGGCCGAGGAGGCUCGAAAAUUAAAGCUGGAUCCGAAAGAUAAUGGAAGUAAACCUCACUGUGAGGUACAUCAGGAAGAUCUGAAGCUGUUUUGUGAAACUGACAGAAAAUUGAUCUGUCUGAUUUGUCGAGAUUCGCGGGAACACAAAACUCACAACUUCCUGCCGAUCAGCGAAGCUGUUGAAAUCUACAAGAUUCUCUCACAGAGAAGAAAUCGGCGGUUCGACAAACAGAACUGACCCAGAAACGGAAGAUUUCCGAAGUGAGGGAACAGGCGAGCAGUCUGCAGACCCACAUCACAUCCGAGUUCACUAAAAUGCACCAGAUUCUCACUGA